AUGUCACAAUAUAAUUUGGAUGAUUCGGAAGAUCAUAACUCAAAUCAUAUAUUUCAAAACUCUGAAAAUCAUAUUGAUAAACUUAUUGAAAUUGACAAUUUAAAUGCAAUGGAACUAUUAACACCAAGUGAUGUACUUGAAAGUAUACAAAUGUAUGAUUCAACAGUUGAAAUUGUUGGCUAUGUUGAUAACAUCGAAUCUCCACGUUGCGUGGGCUCGCAACAACAAUAUAAGUUCUUCAAAUUUUAUUUAAAUAACGGAAAAGGAAAAAGGGUUCAAAUUGUUGCCUGGAAUGAUGACAUUGAUUUUGUGGAACAUCAUAUAAAAGUAAACACUAUUAUUCAUUUGGAUGGUACUCAGGCACGUCCGCCAAAAAUACCUCAAUUCAACAAUGGUAAUAUGCCGUAUGAGCUAUUAAUAAAAUCAAAUACAAUAAUUUCAAAUCUUGGAAAAUUUGAACCAAUGGAAAUAGUAGAUACCACACCUGAGACAAUUGAAUUAUCUGAUGUAUUAAAUGCUACAAAAAAUCGCAUUAUAUUGAGAGGAUACGUAAAGACGAAUUUUGCUGAAGUAUAUAACAACAACAUGAACAAAAUUAUUGGAUGUGGUGCAAUAACUGAUGGCACAUUCAAACUGGAAAUUCAUGUAAUAAAUUUUAGUAACGAUGAUUAUACUUUACUUGAUAUUAGAAAAGGUGAUCAUGUAGAAAUUAUUGGUAUCAUGCAAACUACAG